UGAAGGAAACCUCCAGGGACCAGGCCUCUCAAAAGCCGUAACUCAGUUGCCGUAACUCAGUUAGCGGCUUAGCGCUCAUCUUCUUGUCUUCUAGACUGCGAGCUCGUGGCCAUGUCUGCUUCUCCUCUGAUGGCGAUGCUCCUGCUCGCCUCAACACUGGCGCCGCGCGUUCCUGUCACGCGGGGGAGCGGGAGCGGCACCAGCGCCGCCCACCCGGCGUACGCCGAUGCCACGGCCUACGGUCUCGCCGCGGCCUCUGCCUUGGAGGCGGGGCUGGAGGAGUACGGCGGCGGGCGCAUCGUGGACAUCACGCACGCGUACCGGCCGGAGCUGCCGUUCCCCGGGCGGGACGGGCUCGGCGCGGUCACCCGCCUCACGGAGUCCAUGGCCAACGGCUCCGUCAACAACGUGUCGGAGCUGCGCAUGGUGGUGCACUCCGGCACCCAUGUCGACGCGCCGGGCCACAUGGUCCAGGAGCACUUCGUGGCCGGCCUCGGCGUCGACAAGCUCGACCUCGACGUCCUCAAUGGACCUGCGUUGCUCAUUGAUGUUCCGAGGGACACAAAUAUAACAGCUCAAGCAAUGGAGUCCCUAAAUAUCACGCAAGGAAUUCGCCGAGUUCUUUUCAGAACACUAAACACUGACAGGAAGCUAAUGUGGACCAAGGAAAUUGACACGAGUUUUGUUGGGUUCACAGAGGAUGGUGCACAAUGGUUAGUUGACAACACUGACAUCAAGCUAGUUGGGAUUGACUAUCUAUCAGUUGCGGCAUUUGAUCACUUGAUAUCAGCCCAUUUGGUCUUUUUAAAUAGACGAGACAUAAUACCAAUUGAAGGUCUCAAACUAGACCAUGUAAAGACUGGAGUAUAUAUGUUGCACUGCUUACCUCUCAGACUUAUUGGAUGUGAUGGCUCACCAAUUAGGUGCAUCCUUAUCAAGUGAUCACUAGUAGCUGGUACUGCUGAACAUCAUAUAAAGCUGGUACUGCCGAAGGCUGGCUAAUGUACUUGUGUACUUUCCACCUCUCUAUGAAAGAAAAUGAUGUGUGCGAUGUUGAUAUGCUCAAGAACAACAUAGUUCAUUGAUACAUUAUAUUGUAAAGAGUAUUACAGCUAAGUCUGUGUUUGUAAGAAAUAUAUCUGCAGUAAAGAGAGGUAAAGCGAGUCUUCCAGCGAUUCACCUGGUAA